AAGAUGGGACCUACAUAAAACCCACCCUGGCAUCCCACGUUGGCUGGGAAUCCACACAGAUCAUUCAGACAUGGCAAGUAAGAAGGCCUCCAAUAAGAGACAGAGGGGAGGACAGAAGUCUUGCUCCAAUGUCUUCUCCAUGUUUGAGCAGUCCCAGAUUCAGGAGUUCAAGGAGGCUUUUGGAUGCAUUGACCAAGACAGAGAUGGUGUUAUUAAAAAACAGGACCUGAAGGAGACCUAUGGACAGCUGGGGAAGCUUAACGUCAAAGACGAGGAGCUGGACGAGAUGCUGAAUGAGGGGAAGGGUCCCAUCAACUUCACCGUGUUUCUCACUCUUUUUGGGGAAAAACUCAACGGCACUGAUCCUGAAGACACCAUACUCGCUGCCUUCAAACUGUUUGACCCCAACGGGACAGGCUUUGUCAACAAGGACGAGUUUAAGCGGUUACUGAUGAACCAGGCCGAUAAAUUCACAGCGGAUGAGGUGGAUCAGGCCUUUGCUCUUGCUCCCAUCGACCCGACCGGUAACAUCGACUACAAGUCCCUCUGCUACACCAUCACGCACGGAGAUGAGAAGGAGGAAUCCUAGCAAGAACCGUGGGGGGGUCAUAUAGGUUGUCUAAUCCAGCAUACUCAUGGUUUUAAACUGGCUGGUAAUCAAUCAGAAUGUUGGAACGUCUUCAUUUACAGUCUGAUCAAUGGUUGAAAGUGCCGUACUUCUGUUGCUGUUUGAAAUGGUUU